UUAAGUUUUAAUAGCGUUGCAUUGAUUUUGCACUUAAAUACACAAAUAUUUUGCUGGAGUUGUGCAUGGCAGUGCAAAUUAUUGCAAAAAUUUUGAACAAAAUUGCAAUUUGUAAACAAAUAUGGCGGACAUCAAGGCUUUAGAACACCCCACGUUAAAGGUGCCAUAUGAGCUGUUAAACAAGAAGUUUCGUACAGCUCAGAAAACAAUUGACCGGGAAAUUUCCAAGGUACAUGGCGCUGGUGGAGAACUAGAAGUAUGUCUUCAGAAACCACAGGUCACUAUUGGAGAAGUGACAAAGGCGUUAGACAAUAUGGUGGAAAAAUUAAAGCUUUUAAAGAGAAAGGCUGAUGAGAGUAUAAAUGAAGAACUUGAAGCAGCUAGGAUGAUAAAGAGGCGUGUUGACCAUCUAAAAGAGGCGGAGCAUCUUCAUGAACAUACACGCCCCUUAUGGCAGAAGAAACGCCUAGAUCGUAUGUUAGUGGAAUACUUCCUUAGGGCUGGUUAUUAUAACACAGCCCUAAAACUGGCACAGCAUUCAGAAAUUGAGGACCUUACAAACAUAGACCUGUUUAUGACAUCAAAGGCUAUUGAGGAAUCUUUAAUCAAUCAUGAGACAGCCCCUUGUUUGAACUGGUGCUAUGAAAACAAAUCCAAACUGAGAAAAUUGAAGAGCACCCUAGAAUUUAAGCUUCGUCAACAAGAAUUUAUUGAAAUGAUAAGAAGUAACUGCCGUCUAGAUGCUGUCAGACAUGCAAGGAAAUAUUUCAGUAAUCAGAUAGAGGACCAACACUUGAAUGAGAUACAGAGAGUUAUGGGAUUGUUAGCAUUUUCUCCAGACACACUUAUUUCACCAUAUAAGGACUUAUUAGACCAAGAAAGAUGGGCUGAACUGGUUCAACAGUUUCGAUAUGAGAAUUUCAAGUUACAUCAGUUGAAUAAUGCCUCUGUGUUCACCGUCACUUUACAGGCUGGAUUAUCUGCCCUUAAAACACCAUACUGUUAUAAAUCGGAGGGUACCAGUAAGAAUGCUGAAUGCCCAGUAUGUAGCCGCAAUCUCAACAAGCUAGGUCAACACUUGCCAUAUGCUCAUUGUGCUAAUUCCAAGCUGAUUUGCCACAUCAGCGGGCAAGCUCUGAACGAACAUAACCCACCGAUGAUGUUACCAAAUGGAUAUGUGUAUGGUUGUAAUGCAUUAGAGGAGAUGGCCGCAAGGAAUGAGGGCAAUGUUUUCUGUCCUAGAGGCAAGGAGGCUUUCCAUAUUGAAAAGGCAGAGAAAGUUUUUGUGAUGUGAUCAGAGAUUAGAUGAGCCGCGCCAUGAGAAAACCAACAUCGUGACUUUGUGACC